ACUGAUAAACUACUAAACCAGAAGCAGCCAUGAGAGUUGAAGGUGGUCGUGGUUUCCGGCUGUGUGUGCUUCUGGUGGCCACCGCCACCGCUCUUACGGCGGUUGCCAGUGGCGAUGCAAAGCCCAGCCAUUACUCCGUUCCCUUCAAUAGAACCCUCUUUCCUUCUGACUUUGUCUUUGGUGCUGGCUCUGCUGCUUAUCAGUCAGAAGGAGCAGCAAAUAUUGAUGGAAGAGGACCAAGCAUCUGGGACACCUUCACUAAGCAAAACCCAGGAAAGAUAUCAGAUCAGAGCACUGGUGCAGUGGCCGAUGAUUUCUAUCAUCGCUACAAGAGUGACAUACAGCUGAUGAAAAAAAUUGGGCUGGACUCUUUUAGAUUCUCCAUCUCAUGGUCUAGAAUUUUUCCUGAGGGCAGGGGAAAAGUGAAUGAGUUGGGAGUCAAAUUCUACAACAACGUUAUAAAUGAGCUCCUUGCUAAUGGUUUAACACCAUUUAUCACCCUCUUUCAUUGGGAUCUUCCUCAAGCUCUUGAAGAUGAGUACGGUGGAUUUCGUAGUCCUAAAGUUGUGAAUGAUUUUCAAGAGUAUGCAAACUUCUGUUUCAAGUCAUUUGGAGAUAGAGUUAAAAUUUGGGUUACUCUAAAUGAACCCUUCUCAUUCAGUGUGAAUGGAUAUAAUGGCGGCACCUUCGCACCGGGCAGGUGUUCUAACUACGUCGGAAAAUGCACUGCCGGUGACUCCUCCACCGAGCCUUACUUGGUAGCUCACCACCUACUCCUUUCUCAUGCUGCUGCUGUUAAUAUCUACAAAACCAAAUAUCAGGCUACUCAAAAGGGAAAAAUAGGAAUCACUUUAGUGACAAAUUGGUUUGAGCCAAAGUCUGAAGCUAUGGUCCAUCAUGCUGCCGCAAAUCGAGCUCUUGAUUUUUACUUUGGAUGGUAUGCUCACCCAAUUACAUAUGGAGAAUAUCCAGAGAGCAUGAGGUCAUAUGUGGGAGAUAGACUUCCAAAAUUCACAAAAGCAGAAUCAGAAAUGCUGAAAGGAUCUUAUGAUUUUCUUGGGGUUAAUUAUUAUACCACCAAUUAUGCUGAAAAUUCCCUCUCUACUUCCACUGUUAAUAGGAGUUAUACUUCUGAUAUGCGCGUCACUCUCUCCACCACGAGAAAUGGUCUCUAUGUUGGUACCCCGACUGCUCUGAGCUGGCUCUAUAUUGCUCCCAAGGGAAUCCAUCAACUUAUGAUAUAUGUCAAGGACAAAUACCAGAACCCGCCCAUUUACAUCACUGAAAAUGGAGUGGCUGAAUUAAAUAAUGCGUCAAAACCGGUUCAAGAAGCAAUCAAGGACAGUAUGAGGAUUAGAUAUCAUGAUAACCAUCUCAGAAAUCUCCUUCAAGCUAUCAAGGAUGGGGUGAACGUGAAGGGAUAUUAUGCAUGGUCAUUUUUUGACGACUUCGAGUGGGAUGCCGGCUACACAGUUCGAUUUGGAAUCACUUAUGUGGAUUUCAAGGACAAUCUCAAAAGAUACAUGAAGUACUCUGCUUAUUGGCUCAAGAUGUUCCUCCUUCAUUAGUCAUAAUCAUCAUCAACUCCUUAAUUAUGCAAGCCUUUGGAGAGCAAUUAAUUUGUAGUAUAUUUAAUGUCCGAGGCUUUAAUUUGCUUUGGAAUCACAUCAGCACCACGUAUGGUUGCUUAUUGCCAUGUUCUGAAAUAAAUAAUCAUGUACUUUUUAUGAAUUUUAAAUAAAUGAAGUCUUGACUUUAGUAAGUGCUA